AUGAUAGACAUACAGCCCACAUCGCCCCGCCGAGUGAAAGUUUACUCGCUACAAGGCGAUAGGUGGAUUGACCGCGGAACGGGCUAUUGUUCUGGAGAGUUGGAUGCGGAAACUGAAAGGCCAAUUUUCAUAGUGCGCAACGAGCAGGACGACACCGAGGUGCUAUUAAAAGCCCCAAUCGAGGGAACCACCCAAUAUCAGAAACAACAGGAUACAUUGAUCGUGUGGACGGAUCCGGAUGGAAACGACUUCGCACUUUCGUUCCAGGAGCUUGAGGGAUGCUACUCAAUAUGUGACUUCUUAAUCAGCGUUCAGCAGAACAUCGAGCCCAACAUCUCGCUUGUUGCUGUGGUGCCUGUUGGAUCGGAUGGUGAGAUCACGGAGAUGAUAGCGGGUCCUGUUCCUCCUCCUCCAGAGCCAAAAGAUGAGAACUUGCCUGAGGUAUUGGACUACUUAAAUCAGGGCUCCAAGACCACGUUUUUUAGAGAGUCUAUAUCCAAGUUCAUAGACUCGGAAGGAUAUCUCAGCAAGCUGGUGGACGCCUUCAACCGGAACGAAAAGGGCCGAAAUCUCACCAACUUGCACUAUUUGUGUGACAUAAUCAAGACUUUGGUGUUCUACAACGAUACAAACAUCCUGGAGCAGUUUCUAGACGACAAUAUCAUCAUCGGGGUCGUAGGAAUUCUGGAGUACGAUCCCGAUUUCCCUUCCUACAAGUCUAACAACAGAGAAUACAUUAGCGACGAGACCAAGUUCAAGGAGGUUAUUCCUCUGAACGACCAGGAAACGAGCGAUAUCAUUAAAAAGACCUUCAGGCUGCAGUUCCUGAAGGAUGUGGUAUUGGCAAGACUUCUGGAUGAUGCCACUUUUGGUUGGAUAGCCACGUUAAUCUACUUCAACCAGGUCAAGAUAAUCAAGUUUCUGAAUGAGAACGAGCACUUUCUAUCCAGUCUGUUUGCGAUGUACCAGGGUGACGAUUACGUGAUCAAAGAUGGAGUUUCGGAUGAAGCCAAGAAUGAAGCAAAUAGGGUAUUGACACCUAAAUCUGACGGAUCCUGCUCUUCGCCUUCAAAUGGCGAUGCAGAUGCAGACCCGCAGGAUGCCGAUGAACUGCUCCAGAAGAAACGAGAUGGAAUCAGGUUGGUUCACCAGUUCGUGAUAGUUGCCAAGGGCCUUCAAGCAACUGCGAGAUCGCAGUUCUAUUCUGCCCUAGUAAAAAGGGGACUAUUCAAACUCAUUGGGUUUGCAUUCAAAGAUAUCCACACUUCCAGCAGAGUUCUAGCAACGGAGUUGAUCGUGUCCAUAGUAGAACACGAUGUUUUGCUAAUCAAUGGAACCCAGCCUGCUACUGACGACAUAGAUGAGAUGCCUCGUGAAGACGAGUUUGGUGAUGAGAACUCUCUGGAGAUCAAGGAGCGGUUUUUGUCUGAUGAUAUGACUCUUUUUGCACUGCUAACAUUCAUUUUGCUGGAGGAAGAAGACAUUGGUCUCAAAACCCAGGUUUCAGAGGCCUUAAAGGUUUUGCUUCAUCCAUCGCCGUCUACUGUUUCUUCUGCAAACUUGUCAGGUGGGUCGCUGGGCCCAUCAUCAUUGAAUACCACCAAUUAUUUGACUGCAUUCUAUUCGAAGGUGUCACCAAGCCUGUUUGAACCGCUUGUCAAGGUGGCCUCUUUGGCUUUGAAACCAAGAUCUUCGACGCCUCUCUCGGACUCAGACGGGGCCGUCACUGCUGUGCCGUCUUCAUCAUCUUCAGAAGAGUCCAAGUUCAGCUCGCUCAAGCGCCACGAGUCGGUGUUGCACCAAAACCUGUGUGAACUAGUAUCUUUGUGUGCCUCCGAACACGAGAAACACCUCUCGAGAUCGUUUUUCCUAGAAAAUGACGUUCUUUUGGGUGUAUCAUACCUGGUCAACCCUGUUUUUCCACUACAAACUCGACUUGGUGCGGUUAGAUGUCUCAAAUCCAUCUUGGUUCUGAACGAUGAGUUCUACACCAGGUACAUCAUCAACAUGGAUGUGUUGAAGCCAGUUGUGGAGCUGCUGAAGGAAACGAAUAACUCCAAUAAUCUGGCCAACUCCUGCUGUCUAGAUCUACUCAAUACGUUGAUCCGUGGAGACGCCAAUGGAAGCGUGCCCAACAACCGGUUUGUGCGGGAGUAUUUACUAUCUCAGUAUGAAGACACUCUCAUGCUUAACUUCCUGGGGAGAGAGCUGGUCCAGAAAACCAAGCUGGAAAAAAAGGCGAAGAAGCAGGAGGAAGAGGAGGACGUUAUCAGCGACGAAGAUCUUGGUGGAAACACAAUGACAUCGCCAGAUCCUGAUUACGGAUUUGGGGAUGCAACCGAGGAAGUUCUUGCGAAGGUCACCCCGGAAAAGAGGUUGUGGGAGGAAAGUGAUGAAGGAGGUGAAGCUGAAUCCGAGCAGACCAGCAAGCCCACCGGCAAUACCGGCCAAUCGAAGAAGAGACAGAGUCCAGCAAAAAAUCCAGUGAAGGAUUCAAAAGGGAAACUCAAGAGAGAAAAGCUCAAGAAGCAAAAUGACAAGAAGAAGGUUUCGUCAAUCUUGAAGUCCAAGUUUGCGCAUGCCGGAGCGAAGCUGUUGAACAUGAAGAAGGAAGAUUGA